AUGGACGACGAGCGGUACAGCGUCCGCGAAGAGCGACGCAGCAGGAAACAGCUCAGCUGCGCUGCCGACAACGAUGGUGCUGUCGUCAGCGAGCUCCGAGAACGUCUCAUGGCCAUCGAGGGUCUCCUCUCCAAUCUCGGACGACGAGGAAAUGCCAGUGGUAGCGGCAGUGAUCGGAGCGAGAGCCGAGACCGCGGAAGGGAUGACGAGAGAACCCGUGAGAGGGAGAGGGAAAGGGAGAGGGAAAGGGAACGAGAGAGGGAGCGCACACAACGCGAUCGUGGUCACGACCAGCACCACCGUGACCAUGAACGUCGGCGAGACGAUGACGCGUCACAUGGCAGGAGCCGCUUGGACCGCGAUGUUCACCGCUCUCAGUUCGACUAUCGCCGCUCGCGCUCACCAUCGCCUCGCUUCCGCGGCAUGGUCGGCGCUUCGCCUCGACAGUUACCGUACGCUGGUCCCUCGAGUCAAGCUCUGGAGCACAUGCGCGACCCUCGCGACGGCCACCAGUACCCGACAUCUUUAGACCGCGACCGUGCCCCACGCGACUUCUUGAGGCCAAACCUUGGCGUUAGUUCCAGCGCUUUGGACAGGUCCUCUCCGCGCGACCCUGGAACUGGUACAUCCUCGCACGACAGUCCGCGCGACCACUUCCGCUUCGCGUACGAUGAGCGCACACCAUACUCGGCCCCCAGCACUGAAGAACGUGCAAGCUAUGCCGCGCCUGUGAACGACGAGAGUUACGGCACGCUUGUCAUCGACCAAAGUGGGCGAAGCAAGUGGCUCGGUCCAACGGCGGGUACCGAAUGGUUGAAGAAUCAAGAGCUGUCAGAAGAUAACACUCCACGCCGCUCGCGUUCCCCCAGUCCCCCCUCUGCCGAGGUCAACGCCUACGGUUUCCCCGAGGAGAGCAUGUUCCCGUUCCCAAACUGGGGCCCACCGCCAACCAUGGAGACCAUCAUGUUCCACCUCCCACCCCCAGACGAGGCUGUGGUUUUGAUUGACGCAUACUAUCGCAACUAUGCUUGGAACCACGACGUCGCUCCGCGCCGUACCGUCCAACCCCUCUUUGACCGCGCAUAUGACACGAGUAGCGGUGAACCCCUCGCGCGCCGCGUGCACCCUCAGCAACUUGGCCUGCUGUUCAUCAUCAUGGCCAUGGGAGCGCUGCACAACCCCGACCUCCCACCACAUGAUCCCAGCGCAGAGCACCUUUUCGCGGCCGCGCGGUGGAGCCUAAUCAAGGGCGACUUUGUGGGACACAACACUGUCAACGGGUUGCAGGCUGUCGUCAUCAUGGCACACUACCACCUCGAGACCGAGAAGGGCCGCAACGGCGACAGCGCUUGGCCACUGUGGGGUCUCGCCAUGCGCCUGAUCACUGCCAUGGGCAUGCAUCGCGACGGCGCGCGGUGGAACCUCGCGCCCGACUUGGUCGAGGAGCGACGCCACGUUUUCUGGGAAUGUCACACCAUCGACGUCUUCCAAGCCAACUGCUUCUCGCGUCCCUCUGCCCUCCGUCCAGAGCACAUCGACACCGAGUUUCCGUCCCAAACAUGGGCCGAUGGACCCAGCGGGCUCAAGUCGUUCCGCACCCUCAAGUUUGAGCUUGUGCGUAUCUCUGGGGCAGUCCUCGACCAGGCAAUGGAUGUCCGCCCCACGCCGUACACCACCAUCGCAGCGCUGUACGAACGCCUGUGUGCGUUUGAGCGCCAGAUCCCCUUCCACCUCCGCUGUCGUACCGCCCUCAUCGCCUUGCCAUCGGUCUACGCCGAUGCCGAGAGCGCGACUCGCGACUCGCCCGAGGUGGCGCGCGGCAACCUCCAUCGCACUUUCCAACAAUUCACACUCGCGCUCAACGUCUCCGAGACUAUUCUCUUCCUUCAACGACCUUAUUUCGUAAAGGCGCUGCAAGAGGCCCCGCAAGAUCCCACCCGCUCAGCCUACGGCAAGUCGUACCUCGCGGUUGUGGAACGGUGCAACGUGCUCAUCGAGGUCGUCGGCGGCCUUUACGAGCUCUACCCGACCGUCACGGCUCGCCACUGGUUCUUCUGGUACCACCUCUUCACGGCCGCCGUGUGCAUUGGUACGCUCGUGAUCAAGGACCCGUCCAACCCGCUUGCCAACUUUUGCUUGGGCCAGAUCGACCACAGUAUCAGACUGUACGGUCUCGUCCUGCGUGACCACGCCAUACCCUCCUUGGUCCAGAACCACCAAUGGCUGCUGCGCCUGCGUGCCCGCGCUGCCGCGACCCUCGAGCACGCCCAGCCGACCGGUGCCGACGAAGACGUCGAUGUCGAGCUCCUUGGCUGGCGCACACGUCUCAUUGAACGCGCUCGCGUCCCCCACAGGCCAGUCACACACCCGGGUUCUGGGCACACACCAGUUGCCGCCGCAAACAUGCCCAUGGGGUUGGCGCCGACCCCAUCCAUCUCAGCCAGGUCCAAUACGUCGACCUCGGCGCCUCCGCCACCUCCAGGCAGCGGGGCCAUGUCCGCACCGCCGCUGCCCAUGCUCAGCCCAAGCGUGACAGCUCCUCCGCCAGCGCCACUCGAGCAGGUGCUGCAGCAACACUUUGCCGCUCCAGAUGGCACGCAUGUGGCGCAGACGCAAAACGGAGAACUGCCGACCGACCUUUUCCUGCACCAGUUCUGGGAUCCCACGACGCUGACACUGGUUGGAGGCGACCAGCGUGCCGGGGACGGCAGCUUUGGUGGCCUGUCGAUGGGCAACUGGUGGAACUGGGAUGCCGAGCUGGCCAGCCUGGACUCGCAACUCAUGCAGGCGCCUCCUGGGCCCGGGCAGGGACCGGGGGAGAGUCCUGGUCACCAUGGGCAGGGGCGGGGGCAUGGUGGUGGUGCUCGGGGAGAACCUCAUCAUGGACACGGACACGGCGGUCACGGAGGGCACGGAAGUGGCAGCCAUGGUCACGAGAGGGAAGGUGGGAUGCGGGGUGGAGGGAUGGGGAUGGGUCAGUAG